AUGUUAGAAUGUUCGUUCAAUUUUUUCGAAACUUCUGAUUUCUUGCAUUACACUUCGCAUUUUCUAACAAUUAUUACAAUGCCAAUUGAUAUUUUUGGAUUCUAUUUGAUUUAUUUUAAAAUACAUCCAUCAAUGAAAAAUAUGAGAGAAGUUUUGGUAUAUUCGCAUAUGUGGUGAGUUAAACAACAUUCAAAUCUGAACACACACAAAUUCUGUUUCAAGUAGCUUAAUUGGUGAUAUCUCAAUUGGAACUCUAACAAUUCCAUAUGUUUAUAUUCCAUCAAUGUCUGGAACAGCUUUAGGAUGGCUAGAUGAUUUUGGAAUCAGCUAUUUUGUUAUGUUUUAUUUUUUAUGUAUUAUAAUCAUUGAAUUGGCUGCUUCAGCUGUUUUAAUGUUUGAAAAUCGACAUUAUCAAGCAGUUCGAAGUGCUUGGAAAAUUGAAACUAAAGUUCAACGCUUCAUUUUCAUAUUCUUGAAUUGUUUCACUCCAUUUAUAAUUCUCCUUCCAAUUUGGGUUGAUAUUCCCGAUCAAACAGAUAAUGAAUUGCUUCAAAUCUCAAAAUGUAUUCCCUCAGAUUUCUAUGAGCUACCAAAUAUAAUAAUCACAAAUGAUCCCCAUACUGCUGGUUUCAUAUGUUUUGUCUUAUUAUUUUUCUAUACAAUUCAAUGUAUAUUUUUUGUGACUCACACAAUUUAUAGUCUCUAUUUUUCUUCGUUCUCAAAAACCUUAUCAAGUCGAACCAAAAAAAUGCAAAGAAAAUAUUUGAUAUCAGUAAUAAUUCAAAUAUCCAGUCUAUUUUUAUCCUUUGCUCUCCCAUUUAUUUAUUUCGUUUUCUCAAUUAUUUACGAAUAUUAUAAUCAAGCUUUCAAUAAUUUCUGUUUCAUUUUUAUGUCAAUUUAUGGUUGUAUUUCUACUUUAACCACUAUUCUCACAUAUGAUCAUUUCCGAACUGUUUGUUUCAAAAUGAUGCAAUUCAAAGAAACAACUUCAAUGUUUGUUCAACAAAAUAGUGUUAUGAACACAGUGGUUUGA